AUGGCCAUGAACCAUCAUUCGGAAGACACCCGGAGCGCCUCUUCUAGUCGCCGUCUUUCUUCCAAUAACCCCUUCCGUCAGUCUGAGCCCCAGACCCGAAAUCGUGGCGCUUCGACUCAGCUGUCGAGUUCUGCUUUCGAGCAGUGGGUAGAGAAGAAUAAGGAUUUAAUAGAAGACUCCGAUGAAGAGCGUGACCAGGUGUAUGAGAGACCAUCCUUUCCCUCAUCGACGAGAACAGGCAGCGACAGCGACGUUAACUAUGGAAGCGUAUCAUCAUCACAAAGGUCUAAACCACCACGUCCAGCCAAGGACUCCAAGCCAGCACCAGCUCCUCCAACUUAUGAGGAAGCCGCUGGCCGGAAUGCUGCCUCUCGUGAGUAUCCACAGGAGAAGAGCUCGUCCAGGAGUGAGAGACCUGAGAGGUCAGAAAGGUCCCGCAGAUACGGCAACAGGCCCCAACGUUCUCGCAGUGAUUCGGAGAGACACAGGAAGGAUUACGAAAAGAAGCAUCGUUCGUACAAGUCUAGAAAUAAGUCACCUAAGAAGAAGUCUGUUGAGCCUCACAACUCCAAGGGGUUAGAUACCAUCGACAAAUUGGAUGUCAGUGCCUUUUUCGGCGGCAGGUUCCACCAUGAUGGUCCCUUCGAUGCAUGUACUCCGCACAGAAACAAAAACCAAAAGGCUGCUCCCGUCAUGGCCUUCCCCGCUGACGGGCCAAAUACCUCCAUGAAAGCUUUACCAAAAGGCGCAAACAAAGACUCGCACCUCUACAUGGCAUUCGGCGAUAGCCAUGAUCGAAACGAGAUCGUGGGCUCUGUCGGUGCUCAAAACGGCGGAAUCCAAGCCGUUCCCAAGACAAACCGUACUUCCAAUGACCCAUCAACCAUGUAUACCCCGAGACAGAACCCUUCUGUCACGGCCUUUGAUGUGCACGCCAAGGCCGAGCCUAUACACGGUCCUUCAACUGCCGGUUUGGGCUCCACCACCUUCCUCGAUGGCGCUCCAGCUCCAAGAACUGAUGAUUUUUUGAAUGUUCCAUCCAGCGGUUUGGGUAGAAAGAAGUCGUUGGUGCAUAGAUUACGCAAGAAUAGUGGCAGCGAACUGAACUCUGCUAGAACGUCCAAUGACAAUUCUGACGAGUUCACCAGGGGUACCUUCGCAGACGAAGAUGCCCAAGGCUCUUCUUUCUUAAGAAGAGUCAAGAGUUUGAAGGUGAGCAGAAGAUCAUAG